ACAUUUGGUGAACAAUAAGGGUAAAAUCACAUCAUGCACAUCAUGUGUUUUACGGUAUGCAACCUAACAUACCAAAUCACAAGUGCGUACAUAGAUUUAAAUAUGACGCCAAUCCCCACUGUUCAUCACGUGACUCUCUGUAGUUCGCAGUAUCCGAGGACAGAACUUAGCGGCGCUACGAAAAUGAUUGUCUCUUUUGCCAAGAGUAAAUUUAUACUCCCUAUGUUUGAUAGUUGUCUUUUAUCAAUCGCGGUGAAUGCUACGUGUCUAAGUGAAUAACAUCAUGUUCAAGACAGUACUAUGCGGCAUUUACUUAACGACUGGCAUUGUGCUGCUAUUUGUCUUUGUUAUGCUAUGUGCCUUGAGCGAGAACAUGAGAUAUCGAGUGAAAUUUACCUUCUUCAUAAUAGCAAGUGCGUUAGCUGCGGGAUUAUGGAUACCGUUUAUGCUAUUCCGUAUUGGCAGCUGGAGAAACGCAUUAGUGCCGGCUAGAUGCGUGGUAACAGUAGCAAAGAUCAUUGGAAUGAAUUUCCAUUUUCGAGGCAAGGAGAAUAUUGUCAAAGAUUCGGGCUGUAUCGUGCUCAUCAACCAUCAGAGUUCAUUGGAUCUUUGUGUUUUAGGUGAACUAUGGUUAGCGAUGGAUAAUUGCACCGUUAUUUCGAAAAAGGAGAUUUUGUAUCUUGGACCAUUCGGUCUUGCAUGUUGGCUUUGGGGAACGUUGUUCAUUGAUAGAAAAAAUGUAGGAAAAUCAUGUCAAAUUAUUAAUGCUACAGUGGAAUCAAUUCGUCUGGCAAAGCGGAGGCUUCUUCUGUUUCCCGAGGGACAUCGCCAUUCAGGUAAUUCAUUGCUUCCUUUUAAGAAAGGUGCUUUCCAUGUCGCGAUUGAAUCUCAAAUGCCGAUUCAACCUGUUAUUGUGUCAAAGUAUUACUUCCUGGAUGACAAAUUAAAAAGAUUUUAUUCAGGAAGUAGUUAUAUUACUGUUCUACCACCUAUUCCUACCGUGGGUAUGACCAAAGACGAUUUACCAAAGCUCAUGGAGCAGGCGUAUAAAGUUAUGAAUAAAACUUUUGUGGAAUCAUCGACGGAGUGUCUCGAGGAACAGAUACAAAGUUUGAAGUGUGAAUGAUAGGAGUAACAAAAAACGAUUGCGUAAUUACGAGUAAAUUGUGAUACAAAUUCUAAUCGAUAAGAGAAAUCGUGACUAAUUUGCGAUUGCAAAUUCGCAAAGAUUGCACAUGUGAUUGAUUUUUUUGUUACUAAUUGUUGUGGACGCUGUAAUUUCUGCCAAAUAAAAUAUAAAAUCAUAAUGAUA